GAGCCCCUUGGCCCGGUCCUGGAUACGGAGGCUCUCUUCAAGAACCUGCUGAAUGCCGAGGUACAGUGGCCAGCGGUCCUCCGCCGGUUCCUGGGCUUUCGCCUCUGCACAGAGGAGGAAGGCAGCAACUGGGCGAGGAGGCCGCUCCGCCAUUCACAGCUGCACCACAGCGCAGUUCUGACCUGGACCCAGCUUCUCAUGGUACGCGCCAUCUGCGGCCACGGCCUCGUCACGGAGCCGUUUUUGCGCUCCCAUGUGUGCGUUCAGUGCCGUCCGCGACUCUUCGGCCGCAGCCGCGGCGUGGGAAAGCACGUGCUGGGCCAGCUGGCGCCUGCAGGGCGCCUGGCCGCCGAGAACGAGAUCUCCGCGGCUCAGAAGCCGUGGCUUUGGAAGGGCCCCGCUGUGUCGACCCGAUCCGAGCCGGUCUCCACCAGGGUGGUUCUCCUCUUGGGGAAGGAAGGGGAAGUCGAUGAGGUUGUCGAAAUGGUCGGCGGGUUAGCCGGCAACGUUGCACACGUGAUCCCGCUUGGGGCUCCCCUGGACAAGCAGGUGCGAAGCAUUCAGCCUAACAAGCUGCGAAGCUUGAACUCUUGGGACUAUCCCGAGUGGAUCAGCCGCCUUCCUCGCGGAGAUGCAUGCCCCGAGCCGGCGCAGCCCACGCCUGCGCAGCCACGCUCGGAGGUGCUGCCGGCAUUUGCAACGAGGCUGACACCUUCGAACAAUGCCUCCGUUGCAAGGACUGUGGCCCUCCCCGAUCGCAAGCAGCUGCUGCCGGUGCCAGAUCGCGAAGAACGAUGCCUCAACCUUUGCCGAAGCUUAUUCGACAAGGAGGUCGCCAAGAAGUUAUUGAGUUCAGCUGCAGAUGCUCAGCCACGACAUCUACUUGGCUGCUAUGCAUCUGUGGGUGAAGACUCGGCUGAU